AUGGAUGAACAACAACAAAAGCAGAUUACGUCUACGAGCAGGAAAGGCUUCCUUGACCUCCCAGCCGAAUUACGAGAAACAAUCUACGAGCUUCUAGUGCUAAAGCCUCACAACACAAUAACCAUGCUGACGAACCACGACUGCUUCCGCUCCGAAAUUAGCGCAUCACAGCCAGCCAUUGCAAAGGUAAACCAGCAACUUCGGAACGAGGCCCUGGCAACGUUCUACUCGAACAACAUCUUCCUGGCCGAAGUCUCGGACCAAGAGGAUCUGCUGAUAGCCAAACGAUGGCUACGCUCUAUCGGAGACAUCAACGUUGGCAGACUGAGGUUCCUCGCCAUUUGCGGAUGGACCAAAGUCCCAUUCGGACAUAUGCUCAGUCGGCGAUGGGUGAAGAUCAUGCUUGACCUACGGGAAGGUGUGCUGUCCGUGGAGGGCAAUGCUGUGGAAGCAGAUCAACAUCCUCGUAUCCUGAAGUCUGUAGCAAGAUUGAAGGAGUCUUUCGCAGAGCUAGUCCAAGCUCGAGAGGGCCAGCGUUUUACUGCGCAGGAUCUCUCCCAAUUUAUGCAUGGGUUUCAUGGGCUUUGUAUAGCUUAUUGA